UUCAUUGAAAAGAUCCUGUGCCAUUUGUAUUUCCCAGGAUAAUCUCUACAACAGACACAAUAUCACAAUGGUCCCUCUUCCAGAAAAGGUCGCCCUUGUUACCGGUGCCAAUGGCAUCAGUGGCCACGCCAUUGUCGAGCAUCUGAUCAGACAGCCCAAAAACGAAUGGUCUAAAAUCAUCGUGUCCUCGAGACGACCCUUGGCAAACCACUGGAUUGACCCUCGAGUGGAAUUCGUCGCCCUCGAUUUCCUUGACCCCGUUGAAGUCAUCGUCAACAAGAUGAAAGGCAUCUGUGCUCCCGUCACGCAUGCCUAUUUUACGUCGUAUGUCCAUGAUGACGACUUCAAAGUCCUUCGCGACAAGAAUGUUCCUUUGUUUCGUAACUUUAUGGAUGCUCUCGAUACCGCGUGCCCGAAACUGGAGCGAGUGUCUCUUCAGACUGGUGGGAAGUAUUACGGUGUUCAUCUAGGUCCCGUGAAAGUUCCGCUGGAGGAGGACUUCCCAAGAUAUGACGAUCAAGGAUACAACUUCUAUUACUUCCAGGAAGAUUACCUGAGAGAAGUCCAGAAACGGCGCAACACAUGGUCGUACAAUAUCAUCCGACCGAACGCAAUCAAUGGAUUUGCCCCUCAUGCGAACGGCAUGUCGGAGGCUCUUACCAUCGCGAUUUAUCUGCUGAUUUGCCGCGAACUGAACCAGCCGGGUCAGUUCCCCGGAAACGAAUAUUUCUGGACCUCAAUCGACGAUAAUUCGUACGCGCCUAGCUUGGCGGACUUGACUGUGUACGCAACAACAAAAGACAACUGCAAGGAUGAAGCUUUCAACCACUGCAAUGGAGACGUCUUUGUUUGGAAGUAUCUGUGGCAGGACGUUGCCAAAUACUUCGGUGUUGAGGUCCCUGAGCCAAAAUUCGAAAAGGCAGCUGGUCAAGCCAAGACCCUGAGCAACGAAAUCGACAUGGUGGAAUGGGCUAAGGACAAGCGUCCUGUCUGGGAGGCUGUCGUCAAGAAGUAUGGAGGAAAGGCCGAGGCUUUCGAUUGGGGCACCUGGGGAUUCUUCAACUGGGCCACAGGAAAGUCCUGGUUGACAAUCUCGUCGAUCAACAAGGCACGAAAGUAUGGCUGGAACCGCACGGACAACACUUUUGAUACCUGGAUCGAGACCUAUCGGUCUUUUGAAAACGCAGGCGUUCUUCCUAGCCAUGCUGCUCUCAUGGAUAAACAGUGAUGAACCUCUAACUCUAUCCCCAAGAUAUUACAGCUCGUGGAGGUCCUUUCCCCCGUCCUUAGAUUGAACCUCUUUAAAUAAUAUAUCGUUUUUUAUUC